UUGAAAAAUUAUCUUGUGUCACUGAAUGGCGCGAAAUGAACGGUAUAUCUACGCAUCCUUUGCCAUGUGGGCAGUUUAGUAAUUGUGCGCAUUUGUCUGUCAGAAAUUUUACUCCAUUGGACAACACUUUAAGUUCGAAUAGGAUUAUUAUCGGGCAUAACUAUAAACAAGUAAGCCAUAUUGUUGGUAAUGUCAGAAAAUUGUCGAAUACGCCGUAAAUAUUUCUACAAGAUUUUCGAGGCCUUGAUCCAAAGAAAUGGGAACUUGUUCGAAUGGGAUUCCGAAGAGGUACGUCCUCUCAGUAUUGGUGUUUUGGGGUUUCUUUACGAUGUACGCGUUGCGAACCAAUCUGAAUGUGGCCAUCGGAGCGAUGGUUAAAAACCACACCGUUGUCAUCGAUGGGGUCGAGACAGAAAAGGAGGGGGAAUUCAAGUGGAGCUCAAAAAUACAAGGGGUGGUGCUGGGUUCGUUUUACUACGGCUACGUUGCGUUGCAAAUCCCCGGAGGCUGGUUCGCCUUAAAACUCGGAGGAACACGCCUGUUUGGUUCAGCGGUGCUGAUAGCCUCGGUCUUGACAUUAUUAACCCCGUUGGCUUCCAGAGCAAGCGUGGUGAUUCUUAUUAUAGUACGAGUUUGUGAAGGAUUAGUUCUG